GCCGUAGGAGUGGCCCACCACACAAGGAACCUCUCGGAAUGAAGCGGCCUUUCAGGGCCAAGAGGGGCUGCAGCCUCCCUUCCUCUCCUUAAAUAGCCAGCCUUCCACCACAGCGGCACGGAGCCCACUGCCAGCACCCCCAGCCACUGGCCGCAGCCCACCUGCCACCCUGUAGCCCUCCUGCCUUUGCACCUGGACCCGGCUGUGAGAGGCUUGUCCCCUGGCUCUGCUUCCGGCUGAAGCAUGAAUGGCCUGGAGGUGGCUUCCCCAGGUCUGACCGCCAACUCCUCUCUGGUCAUCUCAGAGCAAUGUGGCCAGGAGACGCCACUGGAGAACGUCCUCUUCGCCUCCUUCUACCUCCUGGAUUUCAUCCUGGCUUUUGUUGGCAAUGCCCUGGCCCUGUGGCUUUUCGUCCGAGACCACAAGUCAGGCACCCCCGCCAACGUAUUCUUGAUGCAUCUGGCUGUGGCCGAUUUGUCCUGUGUGCUGGUCCUGCCCACCCGCCUCGUCUACCACUUCUCUGGGAACCACUGGCCGUUUGGGGAAAUCCCGUGCCGACUCACCGGCUUCCUCUUCUACCUCAACAUGUACGCCAGCAUCUACUUCCUCACUUGCAUCAGCGCUGACCGCUUCCUGGCCAUCGUGCACCCCGUCAAGUCCCUUAAGCUCCGCAGACCCCUCUAUGCACACCUGGCCUGCGCCUUCCUCUGGGUAGUGGUGGCCGUAGCCAUGGCCCCGCUGCUGGUGAGCCCGCAGACCGUGCAGACCAACCACACGGUCAUCUGCCUGCAGCUGUACCGGGAGAAGGCCUCCCAGCACGCCCUCGUGUCCCUGGCCGUGGCCUUCACCUUCCCGUUUGUCACCACGGUCACCUGCUACCUGCUGAUCAUCCGCAGCCUGCGGCAGGGCCCUCGCGUGGAGAAGCGCCUCAAGAACAAGGCGGUCCGCAUGAUCGCCGUGGUGCUCGCCAUCUUCCUGGUCUGCUUCGUGCCCUACCACGUGCACCGCUCCGUCUACGUGCUGCGCUACCAUGGCGGAGGGACCUCAUGUGCCACCCAGCGCGUCCUGGCCCUGGGAAACCGCGUCACCUCCUGCCUCACCAGCCUCAACGGGGCGCUGGACCCAGUCAUGUACUUCUUUGUGGCUGAGAAGUUCCGCGAUGCCCUGUGCAACCUGGUCUGUGGCAAAAGGCUCUCAGGCCCGCCCCCCAGCUUUGAAGGGAAAACCAAUGAGAGCUCACUGAGUGCCAGGUCAGAGCUGUGAGCCCCUGGACGCCAGCCCUGGGACCCAGUGCCACAGACUGUCCUCAGAAGGACCUCCCCAC